AUCAUUUUUGAGUCGAGCUUGGUAGUGAGAAUAUCUGUUGAGUUGAGGAUACGGUGAUUAUUACUAGUUAUGAUAUGUUACAAUGCAGCAAGUGUAUCUGAACAGUAACGCUUCGUUUCUUUUGCGAAGCGAAAGGGCAAUUCGUGCCAAUUGCACUCAGCCGGCAAUCGAAGACUUUCCGCAUGAUAUCUUCGACGAGAAGCAACGGCAAAGCGGAGCCGUCAUUGUUCAUGUUUUAGUAUCUCUUUACCUCUUUAUAGCAUUAGCAGUAGUAUGUGAUAAGUUUUUCGUACCUGCCGUAGAAAAAAUAUGCCAUGCACUUUCGAUGUCGAAAGACGUGGCCGGUGCCACGUUUAUGGCGGCAGCGACUUCAGCACCUGAAUUAUUCGUCAACGCCAUUGGAACCUUUAUCACAGAAGGAGAUAUUGGCGUUGGAACGAUAGUAGGGUCUGCAGUAUUCAACAUUUUAGCAGUUCCGGCAUGUUGCGGAAUUGGUGCUGGGAUGGUGGUACCACUUGAUUGGUGGCCCGUUAGCAGAGACUGCCUAGCAUACGGUGUAACCGUGGCAAUUUUAAUUUGCAUCAUACACGACGAGAGGGUUGAAUGGUAUGAAGCAUUAACUUUGGUUCUGCUUUAUAUCGUUUACAUUGCCGUCAUGUACUGGGAUAAAUCAUUCCAAAAAUGCGCCAGAUUUGGAGCAAAAAAAGGCGAAUUGCCUCCUGAUGAAUCUCACGUGAGGACAGCUGACGCCGGUGAUAUUCACUUAUCAAGAUCUGAUAAAGUGCAAUCAUCAACUGAUCUUGGUGAACAAAUUGCAACAAUAGAUGUGCCUUUACAAAAUGGUGGCACCAAAACGACACAAGAGGAAAAUCACGAGCCUGAAUACGAAUACGAAUUGCUCGUUUGGCCAUCGCAAAGUGGAUGGAUUCGAAAGACUGCGUGGAUACUUACCUGGCCGAUUCACUUGAUAUUCAUGUGCACUAUACCAGAUUGCGAGAAACCUCGUUUUAAAAAAUGGUUUCCGAUUACUUUCCUUAUGUGCAUUAUCUGGAUUGGCUCGUUAAGUUACGUGGUUGCAUGGAUGAUUACAAUUAUAGGAGAUACAUUGAAGAUACCUGAUUCCGUGAUGGGUAUCACAUUUCUAGCUGCAGGAACCAGCGUACCGGAAGCUGUAUCUAGCGUAAUUGUUGCCAAACAAGGUCAUGGUUCCAUGGGCAUAAGUAAUUCAAUUGGCUCGAAUACCUUUGACAUUCUCCUUUGCUUGGGACUUCCAUGGCUUAUAAAAUCUUCUUUUUCACCAACUCAACCGGGAAAACAUUAUAUCAGUAUAAAUUCCGCGGGUUUGGAAUACAGUGCAAUUUCUUUAUUAUCGACAUUAAUGCUCUUGUACAUUGCCUUCGCAUCGAAUAAAUUUCAACUAGAUCAAAAAGUAGGACGAAUCUGUUUGUGUAUGUACGCGGUCUUCCUGAUUUUGGCUUCACUCAUCGAGCUCAACGUAUUCUUUAGGGUAAAUUUGCCCACUUGUCAGAGGACGGUCAAGUGAAUCAUGAUAAAUCUUUUCGGAUCGUAGAAAUAGAUCCGACGAUAGUAACUCUCACUUGUCCCAUACACAUACACACAAACGUUUUCAAACAGAAACUCUCUAACAUCCAUUCAUCGAAUUUAUACAUUCGUGUAAAAGAGAGACGACGAAAUGAAUACCCAAAACUGUUUUCCCUAAUCUUUUUUUUUUUUUUUUUUUUUCAUCAACGAACUUCUCGGAAUUUCAACUCAAAAUGUUUUUUUUAGUUUCUUUUUUGCACUUUAAAUUUCAUUUUAACAUAAAUUCUGUUUAUUUAAGAAAAAAAUUUAAUUUGUUUUAACUUUUAGCGAAUAAUAAUUUUUCAAGUAACGAUUGAAUUAAAAUUUUAAAUUCGACUGCUUUUCAAUUUUUUUAAUUUUUAAACGUGAUUUUAAUCCCUCUUAAUUGAAAAAAAUUGAAUUUAUUUGAUGAGCUUAAUUUUUUUUAAUUUGGACUACAUAAAUUUAAAAUUUUUGCUACUUUUUUUUUAGUAAUUUUAAUGUUUAAUUAUUGUAAUUUAAUUAAAAUCUAUUUUGGAUUAAUUUAUUUUUUUAAAAUUCAUAGUUACAUAAUGAAGAGACUAUAUUCCGUGUUAAAUUUUCGAGAGUGGAGAGCAGAGUUUAGACCUCGAAAAGAUCACAGAAAUCAGAGCUAAUAGUUAGCAAGCAUCCAUCAAGAGAAAGAGAUAGAGAGAGAGAGAAAGAGAUGUUUAACGGUUCAGUAGUUACAGAUCACUUCAGUCAGACAUCUAAUUGCUAUAUACCUAAAAUAAUUCCCCCGGAGAAUUUAAUUCCCAUAAAUGCGAAAGAAUUUUUUUUUUUUUUAUUUAUAUUAAACGCAAUCAAAUUUUUUUUAUUUUAACAUUCAGUGAACCCUGUAAUUUCAUUUACAUGAUUAAAUUAUUUCGUUGAAUAAAACUGCGAAAAAUAUUGAAAAAAAAAAUACUCGAGAAAAUUUUCUUACACAAUUUACAAAUUUUCUAUUUUUUUGAUGGAUGCUUGAUUUUUUUUCCAUUUUUACUCGAACUGCAGUAAAAUAUUGAAUGAAUCUCAAAGGAAUGAAUCUCAAACUAUAUUUAGUUUAAGUGCAAAGUUAAGAUAUUUUUAGUUCUAGUUUCUUGAAUAAAAUACUGCGCGUUGCCUAUAUUUCGGCCAAUCAAAGUGUUCUGUAUCUAUUGCAUAUGUUGAACAUAUUCGUCUUGAAAUUUUUUUUUUUAGAAAAUACUAUUGAUUAAUUCUCAAUUUGUAAUAUUGUUACGUGUAUAAUAGAAAUUUACAAAUUUCAA